AUGCUCGAAAAGGAGGUAAACCGAAAGGGUGAGAGUGACGACGACGGAAAAUCCGGCGGUCAGAACAGCCCAUAUCGGCGUCGAAUACUCGCUGCUCACCAAAUUCAGGGGUUGAAUUGGGGAGGGAUGAUUGGUGGUGAUGGCAAUAACGGAGACAAAAAUUAUGGACAUAUCCAAACAAGCCCUUACACGCCGACCGAACAUCCCAUCAAAAUCCCGGGCGGGUCCAUCUCAUCUUCAGAGUCAUUCGCGAAAAACGAUUUCUUCCCAAUAAGCUCGACCACUUUUUUAGCGGGGCCCGAGUCCCUCGGGCUUUCCUUCAUGCACCGAGCAGUCUUGAUCUUAGGCAGCAAAACAAUAGACUGUGGAGGAGAAGACUUCUUCUUCUCAGUCUCCACACUGCUAUUGUUGUACCGGCUAGCCACAAUUCUCCCGGGCCUCGACAGCUUCUUGCCAGCUGUGGGGUCCACCUUUUCCCCGCCUUCCCUAAACAGUUUUUUGGGCUGGACCGAGUUCAGAACCGAGUCUUCCUUCUUCGAAAAGGCCUUUCUCGACGAAAUUGUUGUCACGGCCUGCCUUGAGUUCUUGAUUUCGGACUUCAGCCCAAUUUUUCUCGAAUUUGGGCUCACGCUCGAAAAGCCCAAGCCCACCUUCUCUUCAUCUAUGCCCUGCAACUUCCACAUCUGCCUCGACCUCGCGGCCCGGAAAAUCUCUGCGGGCCCCACGCUGGCCACCCUACGGGCCCCCGAUAUGAUUUCCACGGGCCCAAGACUGAUCCCCCUUCUCUUAUCAGUAGUCCCGUCAGCCUUUUUCGGGUUCAUGAACUUUGCGGGCACGGCUCGGAUUUUCUUCUCGACAGCUUUCUCGUUCGCCUCGGCCUUUUCGAGCCUCAGGGCCUCCAACUUGGACUUGAGUUUCGAAAUGUGGGACUCGAUUUCCUCAAUUUCAUCAUCUAUCGCCUUCUCAUCCCUAAUUUCAACCAAAGCAACAAUUUUUUCGCCCGGGCUCUCUUUCAGAAAACCGCCGGUUCUUGAUUUUUUUUCUUCCACGGCCCGGUUGUCUGAGUUGACGGGCUUAAAUGGGGUGCUUGAGGAUUUCAGGGAAGAUGAUAACAGAGAAGGAAUCCGAUCAUUUUCCGGCCCGACACACAGAUUCUCUUUAUCGGAAACGGAAUCAAAAGAAGCUUUAGGGUUACCGAAAAUUGACUUCAACGAGCCCCAAGACUGCCUGCUCGCACUCAGAUCCUCGGAGAUUCCGCCGCUGUUGUCAAAGGCGGCGUUGUUCCAUAUCUGGAGCUCGGCUGAAGGAUCCAUGGCUUCUGAAACUUGA